CCUUCAGAUUACUCCCCCAUCUGACGCGCGGUUAUUUAUUUAUAGCACAGCUGAGUCGUACUUGAACUCGUACACACAGAGCCCCACGCACAAGCCUGAAACCGUAAAGCUAUUCGAUCGUCUGGUGCCAUGGCGGGCGGUGGAGAAGGCGGCGCCGGCGCCGGCGCCGGCGUUGUUCACGUCGUCAUGUUCCCCUGGCUGGCCUUCGGCCAUAUAAGCCCGUUCGUGCAGCUGGCGCGCAGGCUGCUGCUGGUCUCCUCCGGCGAGGCCGGGGUCCGCGUGACGUUCCUCACGGCCGCCGGGAUCGCGCCGCGCGUCGAGGCCAUGCUGGAGUCCGCCGCCGGCGCGGUGAGGGUCCUGCCCCUGAGCCUGCCCGAGGUCCCCGGCCUGCCCGCGGGGGCGGCGAGCACCGCCGACGUCUCCGCCGACUGCGCCGAGCUGCUGAAGCUCGCCCUCGACGGCACCCGGCCCGAGGUGCGCGCGCUGCUCGCCAAGCUCCGCCCGGACGCCGUGCUGGUCGACUUCGCCACCCCCUGGGUCUGCGACCUCGCCGCGCCCCUCGGCGCCAAGGUGCUCUACUUCGACGUCUUCUCCGCCGUCACCUUCGCCUACGUCGAGGUCGCGGUCGCGGUCGCCGCCGCCCACCUCGCCGACGGGCAGCGGCCGUCCUCCGCCGCCGGAUUAUUUCCUGCGGGCUCGGCGCUCGCCUCCGUGCCCGUGCUGCCCCACCCGGGACACGGGCUGGCAGCGGGCCUGGCGUACCUGCGCACCAACUUCUACGGCAUGCCGUCCGUGUACGACCGCAAAGUUGCCAGCGUCAAGGGCAGCGCCGGCAUCGUCAUGAAAACCUGCCGGGAGAUGGAGGGCCCCUACAUCGAUUACCUCUCCUCCCGGUACGGCGGCAAGCCCAUGCUCCUCGCCGGGCCCGUCGUGCCGGAGCCGCCGCAGGGCGAGCUCGAGGAGCGGUGGGCUAGCUGGCUCUCCUCCUUCCCGGACGGCGCCGUGGUGUUCGCGUCGUUCGGGAGCGAGACGUUCCUGCCCGCCGCCGCCGCGACGGAGCUCCUCCUCGGGCUGGAGGCCACCGGCCACCCGUUCCUCGCCGUGCUCAACUUCCCCAAGGGCGCGGACGCGGCGGCGGAGCUCGGGGCGCGCACCACGCCGGGCUUCGAGGACCGGGUGAGGGGGAGAGGGCUGGUGCGCACGGGCUGGGUGCCGCAGCAGCACAUCCUGCGCCACCGGAGCGUCGGCUGCUUCGUGAACCACGCCGGGUUCAGCUCCGUCGUGGAGGGGCUCGUCGCCGGCUGCCGCCUGGUGCUGCUGCCGAUGAAGAACGACCAGUACUUGAACGCCGCGCUGUUCGCGCGCGAGCUCCGCGUCGGGGUGGAGGUGGCGCGCCGGGACGAGGACGGGUGGUUCGGGCGCGGGGACGUGGCGGACGCUGUCGCCGCGGCGGUGGCCGCGGGAGGUGACGGAGAUGCGGCCAAGUGGAGGGACUUCUUUACUGCCGAGGCCGUGCAGAACAAGUUCGUGGUUGACUUCAUCAGGGAGCUAAACAAGGUCGUCAGGGCAUAAGCCUGUCUCAAUAGGGUUUCAUGGGAUGUGCAUCACCAUAAAACUCAUCUGACAUAAUUAUCUAAUUAUCAGUCUAGGUAAUUGUAUUCAUGAAACUCCUAAUGAGACUGACCUAGAACAUGCAAGGAGCACAAAAGAAUAUGAUAAGCACAAAAUAAAUUGCAGUGGUGGGAGCAGGUAUGCUCAUCUUGAUUCAA